AUGAGGAGGCGGGUGAACGCUUCGGCUGCGAGCUUACCCCACCAUAUCAGUACCACUCGAGUCGCAGAGGUGUCCAUUCGAAUCACAGCAUACGUCUGUUACGGAUACGGUUGCGUCAAGUCGAUUCCCGUGGCAGCGAAUUUCUCGAUGCACCAGCCAAUGACCCCUAUCUGGCGUUCUACGAAAAACCUUUCUCGAAUAACAAGCGCAUUUCUCACGCACUAUAAGCCGGCUCGAUCGAGCUGUGCAGAGAGGAAAUGUAGCGCUCGCAUCCGUGCCAUUACCGUAGCAGCCGCUUGGCAGACCAAUGGCUCUAUCUGCACGUUGCGCGUUUGUAUGAACAGCGUCACCCCGUAUCGAAGAAGAGCUCAAAGCUGA